AUGCGAUCUGCCUCGUAUGCUCAUUAUCCGCCGUCUCGCUCGGGUGACCGACUGAGCGACGGCAACGACAACCCGCGAACGCUUGGCGCUCGUCCACCCAAUGACAGUAUGCGCCCGCGCAGCAUCUUACGCAAACCAAACCCUCUACUUCCUCCUUACCCCAUAGAUCACUCCUUUCAGCAACUUCCUCGACCAUCGCGACCUCUUUCCUUGACGUCUCGCAUGGAUAUGUAUCCUCCGUAUCAAACCCCCAGUUUACUUUCCUCAACGUACAAUGACUCCCCCCGUUCACCCGCCACCCCAUAUAGUCGUGGUCAUGUACCGUGGAUACCUCGUGGGUACGAGUCGAAACACCAGCAACAUCAUCAUCCUUCACAUCUCGCCGAUUACCAGCAAUCACCUCGCGAUCAUGGUGACAACCAAAAACGUACUUCCCUGCCACCACAUGCUUUCCAACAACAGCAAAGUGGUGCUCAUGAUGUCUUUGCGUCCAUGCCAGACAUCAGGCGCAUACCCAGACCAUCGUCCGCGGAUAUAGAGAGGGACAGGCAGGCUCGCGCAUGUGGGCUCCAACUGGAUUAUACGUCACACCACAAUGUUCCCCCUUCCUCAAACAUCCAUCUACCACGAGGUAGCAGGCCCCUCGAAGAAGAUCAACCCCAGCGCGAGCCGAAGACGCUGUUAGACCGUGGAAAACCUUACGCACCCCGACCGAAGCCGCACAUCCUGUAUCCUCGGCUCGACAAGCUUGUUCGACGUGAGAAACAUCGUGCAAUGGAUCACAUCUCUUUUGACGAGGAUGUAAUCGAAUUAUAUAGAGAAGAUGGAGAUUUACGAGAGAAGCUUCGUGAAAAGCGCAAGGGCGGAGCUGAGAAGAGAGAUCCAAAAUUUCGUGUUAGAGAGGCGCCACUGCGUGACGUACUGAUUCAUGCAUCAUCUACGAUCACUAUCAACGAACAUCAGCACGACGUACCGACCCUUGUUGUUGCCUGUGUGGAAGAGCUGACAAGAACGGGCAUUUACCAACAGGGGCUGUUCCGCACACUGCCUAGCCGCGAUCGGUACAUGCAGCUGAUUGACAUUUUCGAUUCCAGUGCCGAUUAUGGGGCUAAAUUCAGCAUGCGCGGGCAGACCAUGCCGGACAUCUGCGCUGUCUUGUCUACAUUCAUCUCCUCUCUCCCUCAUCCUCUCCUUGAUCCCAAACUUUACGGUGGAUUUUGGCACUGGUGCGUGAAGCCCAGCGUGAAGCGCGAAGAGGUCAAGCGAAGCCAUCAGGAUGCGGAGGAAGAGGAGAAACGCGCUAGAGGCGAGCUGCCACUGAUGCUUCCCAUGUCACCCAAACAGCAGCAUAAACAAGCUCAGGACAACCUUCACCUUGGUCACGACGGUGAAAUCGAACGCCAUCAGAUCAUGAUCGCACAGAUAAUUCUCCGCUUCCUGCCUAUAGGCCAUCUCUCCCUACUGAUUUACCUCUGCGGAUUUUUCACCCAACUUCCCCUUUGUCCUGAGAACGGCAUAGAAUUCGAGGAUAUCGCGCGGAUCUUUGGGCACAAGAUUUUUGGUGCGACAGCGAAAGUGUCGUCACAGAAGAUGAUGGUUUGGUUAUUAACGAGAUGGCACAAUAUCUCAGAAGGUCUCCUCACUGAUGCAUGCGGAAUGUCGCGGCCGUCCACCCCUGUGCUCAAUCAGAAGGAGCUGCCUGAUAGUGAACAGAGCGGUGGUGGCCCAAUGGUGAAGACCCCUAGUUCGCGUCGCAGUCGUUCGUCGGACAGUGAUCGUUCCUCGUAUUCAUCUUCUCCUCAAGAUCAAGUGGGAUCCAGUACCACUCGGUACCGCAAGAAACGCAGCAUAGAAUCCACACCAAAUUCAGGUGAGGACGAACUGCCAAGACCUCGCCGACUGCCAAGGCGAAAUCGACUAGGUCGCCAGAAUAGCGCGUUCAUUUCGCACCGAAGGAAGACUUCUGGACAGGAACUUUCAGACGUGUUCUCAAAGGCUUUUGCGAACGCGCUGAUCAGUCCCUCAUCAUCGGACUCGAAACUUCCUGAACGCACUUCGGGGUCUCAGCCAGAAAGCAUACUUCUCGAUACUCGAGUACGCCUCGCGCGCCUGCAAAGCGAUCUUCAGCGCAACAAUUUGGUCGUCGUGGACGCUAUCAAGGAAUCAUUCAAGGCCAGUGAUGAAGCGCGCUUACUUUCUGAGAAGAUUGAGCAGCUAGAAAAGACAUUCGGGGACACAAAGUCGCGCAAUACAAGUACGCUUGCCAGCACAAGGGAACCGCUGCAGGUCGGCAUUUUGAAGGCAGCGUGA